UUAAUUUGCUAAUUGUUAAAUCAAUUUCAUCUUGUACAAAAUGAUUACAUGUCUAUACUCUAAAAAUAUUCAUUUGGGAAAAAUUUGGUCAAAUAUUUAAAAGUCAAACAAAAAGAUAGUCCUCUCAAAAUUUCUAGGUCACGAGUUCGAAUCCUGUCUGUCGUGCUUUUUCUUAUGUCUUUAUUUUUUUUCCUUUUGCGAUUUCGGUGCUCUUCCUAAAACCCCCAAACUGAGUCAUCUUCCCCAAAAACCCCAUGAUGGUUUGGCACAUUUUCACCACCAUAGCCAAAAACUCUCUAAAACCCUAUUUUCACAAAACCCUAAACUCUUUUCUUUCUCCUUUAUUCCCUCAAAACUCCAUUUUCUCUCUCCUCCAAACCUCCCAAUUUUCCACCUCUUUUCUCAUCACAAAAACCCCUAAAAAAUUCAAGAAAAAACGAAAAAAACCCAGUGCUAGAACAACCCUUGUUCAACAUCCUUCUUCUCUAAUUACCCACUUUGAAAAUCUUGUCUAUCGAGAUAAUUCCUUCCGAUUUUUAAUCCGAUCCAAGCAAUAUCUCACCAAACAACCUGAACAUAUUCUCCGUUUGGAUGAUGCUGGAAAACUUUACAGAGAAUUGGGUUUCCCCCGUGGAAGAAAAGUUACCAAAUAUGUUGCCAAACACCCCCUUAUCUUUGAAAUUUACCGUCAUGAUAACAAUAAAAUGUGGUUGGGUUUUACUGAAUUCAUGGAAAAUUUGCUUGAGGAGGAGAAAAAAAUCAUGGGCUUAAUGGAAUUGGAAAGGGUAAAAACUGUGAAGAAACUAUUAAUGAUGUCAAAAGAUCACAGAAUGCCAUUAAGCAAGAUUUAUCAUUGUAGAUCAUUAUUUGGAGUUCCUGAUGAUUUUAGGGAUUGGGUUUUGAAAUACCCAAAUGAUUUUCAUGUUGUAAAUGAAGAAAACGGUAGUAGAAUCCUCGAAUUGUUGAAAUGGGAUUCGACAUUAGCAGUGAGUGCAUUAGAGAAGGAAUUUAUGGUUGAUGAAGAGAAGGUUAAAAGGGCAUUCAAAUUUCCAAUCAAACAUGGUAAAUCCUUAGGAUUAGAAGAUGUUGAUAUGAGGAAGUUGAAUUUGUUGAAUACAUUGCCUUUGAUUUCGCCAUAUUCGGAUGGAUGGAAGCAUGAAUUGGGAAAUUUAGAGGGGGAGAAGUAUAGAGUUGGAGUUAUUCAUGAGUUCUUGAGCUUGACAUUGGAGAAGAAAGCUUGUAUACAUCAUAUAGCGGAGUUUAAGGAUGAGUUUAGUCUUACUAAACAUACUUAUCAAAUGCUUUUGAAGCAGCCUAGAUCAUUUUAUUUGGCUGGUACUGAGAUGAAUUGGGUUGUUUUUUUGAAAGAUGGGUAUGAUGAGAAUGGGAAUUUGACUGAAAAAGAUCCUCAAGUUGUUUUUAAUGAAAGAUUGUAUAGGUAUGCUCAGAUGCAACAACAUGAUGAAUUACCCUAAUGCCAUUUGUUUGGAAAUCAAUAUGUACGCAACUUUACCCUUGUGAUAAAUGAUGGUGAUAAAUGAUCGUUAUUUCAUAAUCUCGAAUUGGUAACAGCUGUCCGUUGUAUUGUUGUUUCAUUUGCAUACUACUGUCUUUUGAAUAGUUUUGAACUAUUGUCUUUAUCUUUCUAUUUGCUUAUUUGGUCAUUCAGAAAAGUACAUUUCUUAUGUUACUUUUGCUUUGAUUUAGUCAAAAAUGAGUUUAAAUUGGAGAUUAUUGCUCUGCUUACAAAUAUGAAAGAGAUUCAUUGAGAAGGGUGUUUACAUAAGUAGAAUAAGUAUUAAUCAUGUUAGGUUUAUUGAUUUGCGAGCUUCUAAUGUGGAACGACUUUGUGCAAUUACGGAGUUCUAUCUCUCAAGUAUUGGUUUAGGUUCGUUCUCAAUAGAAACGGAGCACCUUACAACACAUCGGCAUUGAGACAUUGGCACAAUGCAACAAAUAGAGAAGGGAUGUAUUUAGAAGGGUGUUUGACAUAAGUAGAAUAAGUAUAAAUUGAUGUGCUGAUGUGCGAGCUUCUAAUGUGGAACGAGACGGUGCAAUUAUGGACUUCUAUCUCUCGAGUAUUGGUUGUAGGUUCGGCCUCAAUGCAAAAUGGAGCACCUAACAACUCACCGGCUUUGAUCUUGCCAUUAGGAUUUGAUUGAGACAUUGCACAAUGAUUCGAACACUUUGUUGUAUUCUUCAUCUUUGAUCUCAAUAUACAAAGUAAUAAUCAACACAUAUUACUAUUUUUUGGAAUAUGAUAACUUGAAAGAACACUUCACAAUGUUGUAUAAAAUGGAGUUUUUGUGAAAUGUAUAAUUUUU